UUAUUUCAGAUGUGUUGUCCCUUUUUCUAGGGGUCGUAAAAGGUGCAUUUGGUUUCAUAUGGUUUCAAGGCAUUUGAAAUGACUUUUUUGUGUCUUAGUUUUGAUCCAUUGAAGCUGUUGGACAUCUUGAGGAGCAAAAGGUUGAUGUCCAUAGAUUCAGUGCAGAGAACCAAUUUGAGGCAAUGUCUUGUUUGGUGCAAUCCAUGACUCCUGAGGAGAAAGAAAAUCUUUUCAUGGAAUUACUGCCAUGAAGAUCUUCAAUGCUGAGGAGUAUAAUGCAUCAACUGAGUACUACUGGGAGCCCUUUGUUGUGGAGUCUAAUUCAAACCAUGCAAAAAUUCACUAUCUUGAGGCGGCUGGUGAACCUUGAUGCCAAAUCCAAAAAGGGCAAGAGCUAGGAAGGAGUUGAUGUAAGGGUGUUUGAGAGCUAUGUCAGCCUAAGAUUGAUGCUAGUUAUGGAAACUUGGCAAAUUAGUUAUCCAACAUCAAUCCUCUAGUUUAGAGGGUCUUCUUCAUGAUUAUGCCCUCAACAGAACUGUGGUAUGUUUCGCUUGCUGUUUUCUAUUAAGAAACAAACAUCCCAAAUCUUGAAAUUAAGAAGAUGAUGAUUAUAGCUGCAAGUUUCAGGAGCUGGGAAUGGAAGCCAGGCAGCCACGAGAAGAGAACUGCUUCUAUGAGACAUCUAAUUUAAGAAGCAUCAUAUACUGGGGAGCUGGAUCUAGUCUGGUCAUCAAGAGUAGUUCAUGACAUUUUACAAUAACUAAGAUCAAUUUUCGAGAUUAGAAUAUAAAAAGGAUCUUUGAAAACAUUGCUGAAUAUAGAAGCAUUGGGGACGAAGAACACCAGAUUAGAGACAAGGAAGGAAUGUGCAACCUAUGGUACAAUGGCAACCUCUUUAAGGAGAUUCCAAUAAGAUCAAUAUUGAUGCAGCAAUACAACAAGGGCAAGGCAUAGCCAGGUUUUGGAGUUGUCCUUGGGAACUGUGACAGCAAAGUUACAGGAGCUGUGCAGAGAACUUGUAGGCUUCAAGGAUCAGUUCUUCAUGCUGCGGUUAUGGCUAUUGAUUUUGCAAUGGGGACGGGCAUAGAAUUUGGACACAGAAAUGGCAUCAUUGAAUCAAAUUGUGUUCAAGCCAUGCAAGUAGCUAUGUCUAACAGUGAUUGUUGUCUUCCCUUUGGAGCAAUUGUGGAGGAAUUUCGAGCUAAGAAAUUCCAUUUUGUUUCUCUAUGUUUCCAGCAUUUAAAGGGUAGUGUAACUUGCAAGCGUAAAAGUUGGCUCAGCUACAAUCACCUCUCCACCAUGGGAGGGUGUUUGUAAAUAAGGAAUGUAAAAUCAAGAUGUUUGAUAUUGUCAUACAAAAAAAUGAGUAAUUUUCAUCCUAUUCUUUUCAGAAAGAGAGAAUUGAUAUGUUUGGUAGUGCCGAGUAGAGUAAAUGGCAAUGGAAUUCCCUGCUGAAUUAACAGAGAAGGUGGACAGAGAGCUAUGCUAGAUGAGCAAGCACCAGAGAAGAAGAACAAGAGGAACGGUUCUGCAUGUUCAAUUUUUGAGCUUGUGGAUUAAACAAGAGGAAGGAGAAGAUGAUAGAGAAGCUGCUGCUGUAUAAGAGUUGGAGAACUCGAAGAAAUCCUAGGGAUUCUACCAGGAAUGGUAUUGGGCCUUGUGAGGCUAUAAGUCAGCGCUGGAUUAAAGCUGAGACUACAUGUUGGACAUGUAGAUAUGGCUUUGGAAAGUUUUAUUUGAUGCAAGUAACUGUGUUAUUCUGCUGUGAUUUAAUAUUGAAUUGUCUUGCUAUAUCUAAAGUACAAGCAUGACAGUGCAUAGAGUGCUGUUUAUAUGAGCUAGGUAGAACCCAGUAGUUGGACUGGGAGUAUGAAGAGGGAUAUUUAGAUCCAUUGUGCAGUAGGAAGAACCAUUGGUUGGACCAUUGGUAUGGUGGGAUGUACUCCCACAAGGAAAAAUUCAUGGAUAAGAACUUGCAUUCAUCUGUAUGUUGAACAAGCAUAAGGCUGCCUGUUAUUAUCUUAUGUUUAUUUAUGACACCGAUGAAACUGUUCAGUAGUGAUGAGCAGUGUUUGAUGGAACUGAUUCUGUGCUUCCUGAGGCUUCAUAGCUCAUGGUGUAUUGUUCACCCUGUUUCUGGUUAGCUAGUGACAACAAUUUUUGGGAGACUGAGAGUUUCCUAUGAUUGCUGGUAGUGAACAAGCUUUUCAGGCUUGUUGAGGUAACUUGUAUCUGCCCAAAACUGAAUCCUGGCUCAAUGUUUUGUAAAAGAACUUUGCAUUAUUAGAAUAUGUUUUGUUUACCAAAUGGGGCAUCAAGUGAUUAAGAGCUGAGUUUUAAUCUAGUUUAUUAUGAUAGAAUUUACUGUAUAAAUAAAAGUUACAACUCAAC